AAUAGUUAAUAGAUAUGGAUAUGUAUCUUACGCACGUUUGUUUAUGGACGACGCUGCUCUCCGUCGUUGUGACUUGGGCAAUAUCCCACGUCAGUAACCGGAGGAAGAAGACAACAAAGCUGACGGAUACGACGGCAGGCCAGGAGAGAAGAUACGGUGGUCCAGACGUCAUCAUCGUCGGAGCUGGUGUCGGCGGCUCAGCUCUCGCCUAUGCUCUUGCUAAGGACGGACGCAGAGUGCAUGUGAUAGAGAGAGACAUGAGCGAACCAGUGAGAAUGAUGGGGGAGUUUAUGCAACCUGGAGGACGACUCAUGCUAGCUAAGCUUGGCCUUCAAGAUUGUUUGGAGGAAAUCGAUGCACAGAAAUCCACAUGCUUGUCACUUUAUAAGGACGGGAAAAAAGCCGUCGUACCUUUUCCGGUGGAGGACAACAACUUUCCUUAUGAACCUACUGGUCGAACUUUUCACAAUGGCCGUUUUGUCCAGCGACUGCGCCAAAAGGCCUCUUCUCUCCCCAAUGUGCGGCUGGAACAAGGAACGGUAAAAUCUUUGAUAGAAGAAAAAGGAGUGAUCAAAGGAGUGACAUACAAGAACAGUUCUGGCGAAGAAACGACGGCCUUUGCACCUCUCACUGUGGUAUGCGACGGUUGCUUCUCGAACCUUCGUCGGUCUCUUAACAAUAAUGAUGCGGAGGUUAUGUCGUACCAAGUUGGUUACAUAUCAAAGAACUGUCAGCUCGAAGAACCUGAAUACUUACACUUGGUAAUGGCUAAACCGUCCUUCACCAUGAUGUGUCAACUAAGCAGCACUGAGGUUCGUUGUGGUUUGGAGCUUUUCCCCGGACAAAUUCCUUCUAUUGCUAAUGGUGACAUGACCAACUUUUUGAGAAACACUAUGGCUCCUCAGGUACCUCCAAAACUCCGCAAAAUAUUUUUGAAAGGGAUCGACGAGGGAGCACAAAUAAAAGUGAUGCCAACAAAGCGCAUGGCAGCUACUUUGAGCGAUAAGAAAGGUGCGAUUGUGCUGGGAGAUGCAUUCAACAUGCGUCAUCCAUCAAUCGCGUCUGGAAUGAUGGUUUUACUGUCUGACAUUCUCAUCCUACGUUGCCUUCUCCAGCCAUUGGAAUACCUCGGUGAUACAAACAAAGUCUCAGAAGUUAUCAAGUCCUUUUAUGUUAUCAGAAAGCCAAUGUCAGCGACGGUGAACACACUAGGGACUGCAUUUUCUCAAGUACUAAUUGCAUCGACCGACAAAGCAAAAGAGGCAAUGCGACAAGGCUGUUAUGAUUACCUCUCUAGUGGCGGAUUUGGCGCGUCUGGAUUGAUGGCUCUACUGGGCGGCAUGAACCCUCGUCCGCUUUCUCUCAUCUAUCAUCUAUUCGUUGUUACUCUGUCCGCCACUGUUCAACUGCUCUCUCCAUUUCCCUCCCCUCUUGGCAUUUGGCAUAGCCUCAGACUUUUUGGUUUGUCUAUGAAGAUGUUGGUUCCUCAUCUCAAGGCGGAAGGGGUUAGCCAGAUGUUGUUUCCACCAUACGCAGCCGUGUAUCGCAAAACAUAUAUGACAGCAACCACUAUCUAAGCAUCGUUACUCUGAAGCGCGAAUAGUACUAGUAGUAACGUAUUUGUUAAAAUUGUAUUGUAGUGUGUUUACUAUUACGUAUUAAUAUAUACCUGGAAAAUACCUGUACGUAUAUUCUAGGCCAAAAAAGGAUUGUAAUAAUAAAGAGACUUGGGCCUGAGGGCGGUUUAGUAAAGUUUCAAUAAAUAGUACUU